AUGGAUUUAUUAAAAAAACAUUUUUUUCUGCCUUUACGUAGAAAUUAUGAGCCUUACGAAAUGGCCAGUAGAUUGGAUUUGUUAAUUCUGGGGGCCACUGGCUUCACAGGAAAGCAUUGCAUUGGACCAAUUUUAAAAAUGUCAAAGGCAAAUGGAAGAAAUUUAUCGUGGGGAGUUGCCGGAAGGUCUGAAGACAAACUCGACAAAGUUUUGAAGGAAAUGGGGGAAAAGUUGGGUGAAAACCUGGAUUCCAUCCCAAAAGUGAUUGUCGACAUAAACAGUGAGGAAGAUUUAAAGGUUAUGGCACAAAAAGCUAAAGUUGUUGUUAAUUGUUGUGGGCCUUAUCGUUUUUUGGGCGAGGCUGUUGUUAAGGCUUGCGUUGAGGCUGGAACUCAUCAUGUCGAUGUAAGUGGGGAGCCUCAGUAUAUGGAAAAAAUGCAGCUGAAGUAUCAUCAGGUGGCUCAGGAAAAAGGAGUGUAUGUGGUGAGCGCAUGCGGCUUCGACAGCAUUCCCUGCGACAUGGGCGUCGUUUUUAUGCAGCAAAACUUCGAGGGCACCUUGAACUCCGUCAAAACCUACCUGACGGCGUGGACCGAGGGCGACGUCACCGGCCCCCUGGUGAACUACGGCACGUGGCACUCGCUCGUCUACGGGCUGGCGCACGCCGACGAACUGAAGGGUCUGCGCAGACAGCUCUAUCCGACCAGAACGCCCAAACUCAAGCCCGAAGUCAAAACCAAUAUGUUGCCACACAGAGUUGAUGGAGUUAAGGGAUGGGUUCUACCAUUCCUUGGUUCCGACAAAUCUGUGGCAAGAAGAUCACAAAGAUACUUUUUGGAUAAGCAGGAAAAAAGACCAGUACAAGUGGACACUUAUUUCACUGUACCAUCUGUCUUUGCUGUAUUUUUGUUGAGCAUUUUUGGCUUGAUAUUCACCAUUUUCACCAAAUUCAAUCUCGGCAUCCAGCUUCUCUUAAAAUACCCUGAAUUUUUCUCCGGCGGCUACUUCAGCAAGGAAAGCCCUUCGGAAAAGCUCACCGAAUCCACCAAGUUCAAGAUGACUUUCCACGGCGAAGGUUGGAGGGAAAAAUUGCGCAACGUAAUGGAUUCCUCCAAAACGACCGACGAAAAAAUUGUCGCGACCGUGGAAGGAACCAAUCCCGGGUACGGAGCAACCUGCGUUUCCUUGGUUACGUGCGCCAUCAUGAUUUUGACCGAAAAAAACAAACUUCCAGCUGGUGGUGGAGUAUACAGUCCAGGUGCCUGUUUCGCUAAAACGUCAAUGAUUAAAGAAUUAAACGAAAAUGGACUGAAAUUCGAAAUGGUUUCCAAAAAGGAAAUUGAUAAUAAAUAA